AUGUUGGCCCUCCAAAGGCUGCGGCAAACGCAGCAGUCACCCGCUCGAGUAGCGAGAAUAUUCCCAACCUCGAAAACUGCUGUUACAAACAUGCCGCCACACCAGCAGCUGCAACCCCGCCCGAGCCAAUCACAGGCCCGCUCGCUGUCGUCACACAGUCUCCCCACCUCCACCGCUGGGAGAGGAGCCCCUCCUUCAAAUCCCUCGACCUCCUUCUCGCAACAACCUCUUGCGCGGACAGCCCAGAUUGCCCGACACCUCUCCACGUCCACCAGCAGUCAACCGUUCGACAAAAUGGCCUACUCCAUCCGCAAGGUCGGCGCCCCCUACACCCUCGAGCACCGCGUGUACAUCGAGAAGGAUGGCGUCCCCGUCUCCCCCUUCCACGACAUCCCCCUCUAUGCCAACGCCGAGAAGACCAUCCUCAACAUGAUUGUUGAGAUCCCCCGCUGGACCAACGCCAAGCAGGAGAUCUCCAAGGACGAGCUGCUCAACCCCAUCAAGCAGGACGUCAAGAAGGGCAAGCUCAGAUUUGUUCGCAACUGCUUCCCCCACAAGGGGUACCUCUGGAACUAUGGUGCCUUCCCUCAGACCUGGGAGGACCCCAACGUUGUCCACCCCGAGACCAAGGCCAAGGGCGACAACGACCCGUUGGACGUCUGCGAGAUCGGCGAGCUGGUUGGCUACACCGGCCAGAUCAAGCAGGUCAAGGUCCUCGGCGUGAUGGCUCUUUUGGACGAGGAGGAGACCGACUGGAAGGUCAUUGUCAUUGACGUCAACGACCCAUUGGCUCCCAAGCUCAACGACGUUGAGGAUGUCGAGCGCCACCUCCCUGGUCUUCUGCGGGCCACUAACGAGUGGUUCCGCAUCUACAAGAUCCCUGACGGAAAGCCCGAGAACCAGUUCGCUUUCACUGGCGAGUGCAAGAACAAGAAGUACGCCAUGGACGUCGUUCACGAGUGCAACGAGGCCUGGGAGAAACUCAUCACCGGCAAGGCCCCCGCCGGUGGUAUCGCCACCACCAACCUUACCGUUGCCCACUCCCAGAGCCGCGUCUCCCCUGACCAGCUCCCCCCCUUGCCCCAGAACCAGGAGCUCCCCCCUGCUCCCAUCGACGCCAGCAUUGACAAGUGGUUCUUCAUUAGCGGUGCUUCUGCUUGAAUUGCUGAGGCGAGGCUUUAACAACAA